AUGACAACUAAGACUACAUCAGAAAGCACUUUUGCGGGUGAAGUUAUCAAGAAUGCUACCAUCCACACCUACACCCACCAAAUUUUUAAAAAUAAUCCAAGCGAGAUUCAUCUGGGUACUAGUGUCGGUGAAACUACUCUUACAAAAACAGACCCAGGUACUACAACUGCCGCAGGUUAUGAUAUCUGUGUAGUUGAAUUUCCAAGGUAUCUAUCCAAUGCCAAAUACAGCGAAGAUCAUCGCAAGGUAUUGCAAGAAUUAAAGAACAACGGCGAUCACGUUUAUAAGACCACGUGUGUUCCAAAGAAACUGAAGAGUAGAUUGAAGAACAUUUCCAUUCAAAUUUCUGCUAAUAUAGGGGAAAUAAACCCAACACGUCUGCAGGCUGAUGGCUUAUACACCAAUGAAAAGAUAGGCUCAAUGUACAUCUCAUCCGGCAAAAUUACUGUUCAUGUCAAUAGUAUGCGCACCAUAAUCAAGAAGAAUUUGUUGAUGAAACUAAAAGCGGUCGAUAUGUGUCUACAGACAGAAACAUGGAAGUUAAGGAAGUUGGUCAUAGGAAAGCGAAUGAAUCGAUCUACUCAAGUUGGCCGUAAUCUGUAUGACCAUGUUGCACGGAUAAAUAUUAUGCCAACAAAGAGGCGCUUGUUAGUAAAGCAAGGUAUCGCCAUGUACCUCAAUUAG